CCUUCCUCAUACCUACCUUCCUUUUAUCCUUAGGCUUAACUCCAAACUGGCAUACUACUUCAGUGUGACCUUGCCUACAACAUUUAUUACAAUAGAAACUCCUCUUCUCAUAUAUUACCCUUUGCCAAUUCUUCUUUUUUCCUACCACCAACGGAAAAUCCUCCAUGGGAUCCUUCUACAAGUCCACUUCAACACAUAAUCUUGCACCAGUGGCUCGUGUUCUAUAUAAUGUGGCAUUAUCCGUCCCCAAGAAUCUACCAAAUCUAGUGGUCAAACUCUGCAAACAGUCCAUUUUAUAUAAAUGUAAAGGCAGACCUGAUAAGAAAAUCCACUGAGGUGCGAUCGAUGGUUCCUUGUUUACAUCAAAAUUCACAGACCAAUUAAAAAACCAAAAUUGGCACCCUGCCACCCAUCUUCCUUCUCGUGCCCAUGCAUGAAUGUAAUCCUUUUCGUUUACCAAAUAUAACAGAACAUGAUAAUUGUCCCUAAAACUUAUCAUUGAGACUUCAGAAAUACCUCAGGAUUGGAUAAUAUGCCUCUAAAAGACAUCGAUAGGCGGCCUUACAGAAAGAAAUUUAAGCACCAACGCAUACUUCAAAUCCUCAGCAACCUUUUCCAUCUCAACAUCCGAGAAAACAAAACCUAAUUCCCGAUUAAUUAGUUUCAGUUUCCUCAAUGGGAUUUUGAAUUUUAAAGAUGGGAUUGGCCUCUUCAAGGCUUCGGCAAAUGAUUUUCCCUCCAGCGAAACAUUCCCCCUUUUUGACCUUAUCAUCCUCCGAACCACUCCCCGCAACCCGAAAACUAGCGUCGACACCUCCCCUCAACCCUCCGAUAACAGCUACCAUAGACGGCACGAUCAUGUCUAUCAGCUAUCUGUUUUCCUUGUUGAACACCAAAAUACAAAAUAAAAAUAAUCAAUAAAAAACCAAACCUGCGGUAGACCUACGUCUUCCAUCACCGUAUGUUGCCGACGUGGGUUCGUCAUCACCACUUCGUCGUUGUCACCGUCUCAGAUUCUCGCAGCCCAACUCGCUGCCAAUGCCGGAGACGAAGUCGUUGCUGCUCUCCAACGAGAACCACUGCUACUGCAACGCCUAUGUUCCAACCUCGUGUGCGGCGGAGAUGGCGGCACAAAGAUGCUUCAAUGGUGAAACUUUUUGAAUACAACCCACAACUCGAGAAAAAAAAAAAAAAAACUCUUAAUGUGUCCCCGAACCCAAGCACUAUGGUCUAGACGUUUCUCAGGCGAUCACUCAGACAGUCGCAUAAUCCUUGUUUGUAGUUUAUGGGUUAUUCUCAGUCAAUUUCGGAGCAACUUUGCCGCCAGCAGCACCGCCAAUAAUCACCACUUCAUUUGCUUGGCUGUCGCGGCGUAGUCGUCACUCUUAGGAUUGAAACCCUAACAUUGAGGCGCUUAGGAGAGAGGGAGUCACACUAUAUGAUCAAAAAAAAAAAAAUUACAGUGGAGGAGGAGAACACACUCUCACUCAACUCUAACUCAAAUCACUCUGCCACCCACACACAGCACUCAGUUCUUCUCUCUAUAUAUUUUCUUUUUGCAUACUCACACUCUACUUUACAAAGCAGUGUGCAUAUGUAUAUAUGAGAGAGAGGACCAUUGAGAUGGAGCAGCAUUGAAAAUAGAAUGCAUGCUCGAGACUGCGCAUGCCCCAGAGCUAACCCUUCCCAAGUAACAUUAAAUGCACCCACAUGGGUGGGUCAACAUAUAUAGCAAUGGAGUCGAUGAAUGCUCAAUACACUGAGCAUAAUCCAAAAACCAUUUAAUUUCCACACGCAUGCACCCACCCAAUUAACCGCAACUUGUGUGAUCCAGCAGGAUCAUCCAUGCGGUGCGACAAAACCGCUGCUCAUCCGCCUUCAUGCUCAAAGCACGCUGCUUUCUGUUACCCCCACAGCCCAGCAACUUCAAUUCCUCCAUAUGUAGAAUCCAGCUGGUAUAAUAUGUAUAUAUGCAUGGCAAGGGCUGCUUCUGCCGUCGCUGCUGAUGAUGCACAAGACGAGGAGCUUCUUUCCGCUGAGAUCGUGAACCGUGGCGUCGAAAGUUCGGGUCCCUAUGCGGGCUCCCCCAGUUUCUCGGUCAGGGUCCGACGCCCGCAUAAUUUUCUCAACUCCGUCAACCUGAAAUAUGCGAAGCUGGGCUAUGCUUAUCUCAUCACCCAUGCCUUCUACUUCCUCACCACCGCGCCCCCCAUAACACUUCUUCUAUUCCUUAUUAUUCACAAUAAUAAGGAUAACAAUACUACCCGAUCAGGAAACCAGCUGCGUCCUCCGCUUGUCAUCUGGAAGGAUAUUCGCUUCAAAUGUGACCUCCCCGAUGCUCUCUGCUUGUUGGGAUUAUCCACCUUAAUUCUCUACAUCUAUCUGCUACUCGCACCCAGGUCCACCUAUUUACUCGAUUUCGCAUGUUUCCGCCCACCCGAUGACCUCAAGAUUUCGCGGGAGAAAUUCAUCGAGUUGGCAAAAAAAUCCGGACAGUUCAGCGACACAGCAAUCGAAUUUCAACAGAGAAUCAUCAAGAAUUCGGGGCUGGGGGAUGAAACCUCCUUGCCAAAAGCAAUUUUCCAACAAGGCCACAAAAUAACCCUUAAGGAUGGACGAGAAGAGGCCGCCAUAGUGAUGUUUGGAGUGGUGGACGACCUUCUUGCCGCCACCAAGAUCCGGCCCAAGGACAUCGGAAUCUUGGUUGUGAAUUGCGGAAUCCUAAACACAACUCCGUCACUGUCGGCGAUGGUGAUAAACCAUUACAAGCUUAGGCACAACAUCCACAGUUUCAAUCUAGGAGGCAUGGGUUGCGCAGCCGGGAUAAUAGCCGUGGAUCUAGCUCGCGACCUUCUCAAUGCGUACCCAGGCACAUAUGCACUCGUGGUGAGCACUGAGGCAGUAAGCUUCACCUGGUAUUCUGGGAAGGACCUCCGCAUGCUUCUUCCCAACUGCUUCUUUCGAAUGGGGGCCGCUGCCCUCCUGCUGUCAAGCCACCGCCGAGACAGGUGGCGCGCCAAGUACGAGUUGAAGCAGCUUGUUCGAACUCACUGUGGCUCGGACGAUAGAAGCUUCGAGAGCGUGAAGUUGAGAGAGGACGCCGAAGGGAAGCAAGGGCUAUGGUUGUGUGAAGACAAGAUGCUGAUGGAGGUGGGGUGGGAGGCGCUGAAGGCCAACGUCGCCGCACUCCGGCCACUUGUUCUUCCCAUCUCCGUUCAACUCCGCUUCUUCGCAGGCAUGCUGCUCGAUCGUUUCAUGACAUUUUUCUUCCACCGCAAGAAUAAUAACAAGAAUCUGAAUGUGGAGUACAAGGGGUUGGAGUUGGACCACGUGUGCAUACAAGCAACAAGCAAGAAGGUGCUGGAAGAGAUCCAGAAGAACUUGGGGCUGAGGGAAGAGGAGAUGGAGGCGUCAGUGAGGACACUGGAGCGAUUCGGGAACACUUCCAGCAGCAGCAUUUGGUACGAACUGGCUUACUUGGAGGCCAAUGCCCGAGUCAAGAGAGGCCAUCGCCUUUGGCAGGUUGCUUUCGGGUCUGGUUUCAAGUGCAACAGUGUCGUUUGGAAGUCUCUCAGGAAUGUCAAGAAGCCAAAGUUCACCCCCUGGUCUAACUCAUCAUCCAUCACUACCUAAAGGCUUUUAACCCAAUUAACAAAGAAAGCACUCACUUCAUGUACGCUGAAGAAUCCGCUAGUUAAGCUAAGUUACCAAGUAUGGCAAUUAAUCUGUACUGCAGCAUCAGUUUCUGAAGUAAAGAAAUUCAAUUUCAAGCUUGGCAAAUA